GAAAAAGCAGCUUCAGACCGGACGAGCUGAAAAAACACGUAGUUACAGAAAAUCAGAUUCAACGAGCUGUUUCUAAUACGUUUUGUUAACACCAAACGACACGGGAUUGUAUUUCUUCUUUCGGUUAACAGUCCCUUGAUUGAACGUGUGUCCUCUACACUAAACCAUGGGAGCUGAUAAAAGGCUCAGUCGUAGUGAGCGUAGUGGGAGAUAUGGUUCAGAUGGAAGGAGAGAUGAUCCAGACUGGCAGGAAAGACGAAGUAGAAAUAUAGAGCGGGAUUAUGAUCGACGCUGGGGUGAUGAUAGACACAGAGAGCGCUUUGAUGAACACAGAGACAGUCCAGAGAGGGGUCGAAAACGUCACAACAGCGACAGAUCGGAUGAUGAGUAUGAUGGAGACUAUCCAGAGCAGGACUACAAAAUGGAGCAGGAAGAGGAGAGCAAGACUGUUAUGCUGAGGGGUCUCUCUCUCCAUGUCACAGAUGACGAUAUCCGCUCAGCCCUUGAGCAGCUGCAGGGGCCGCAGCCUGUGGACAUCCGCUUGAUGAAGAAAAGGACAGGUAUAAGCCGAGGUUUCGCCUUCGUGGAGUUUUAUCACUUGCAAGAUUCUACCCGAUGGAUGGAGACCAAUCAGAACAAGCUGGUGAUCCAGGGGAAAAGCAUCGCAGUGCACUACAGCAACAGGAGGCAGAAGUUUGAAAACUGGCUUUGCAAUGCUUGUGGCUUGUACAAUUUCCGGAAGAGGCUGAAGUGUUUCAGGUGUGGAGCAGCUAAAGUUGAUGGGGAGUCAUCAGGAGUUAUCGGUUUAAAUGCCGAGUCUCAACAGCCUGGAGAUUACAACGGAGACACAAUAAUUUUGAGGAACAUCGCCCCCCUUUCAACUGUCGAUGGAAUUUUGAACAUAUUGGCCCCCUACGCCAACUUGUCCACAGGCAACAUCCGCCUCAUCAAAGACAAGCAAACAGGACAAAACAGAGGCUUUGCCUUUGUUCAGCUCUCAUCUCCUUUGGAGGCUUCUCAGCUACUCACCAUUCUCCAGAGCCUUCAGCCACCUAUAAAACUGGAUGGGAAAACAAUUGGUGUGGAUUAUGCCAAGAGUGCUCGGAAAGACUCAGCACAGCCUGAUGGGAUCAGAGCCAGCGCUCUCUCUGUUGCCAGCACAGCCAUUGCUGCUGCUCAGUGGUCAUCCAGCCAGUUACAGCAAGGUUCAGGUACCACCUCUGAUUACAUCACUCUUUCAGAGAGCUACGCACAGCAAACACAGGGUCAGAAUUAUCAAGUAUGGCAGCAGCAGCCUGAAGGAUUGGCUCCUGUCAUUGGAGAUGGAUUACUUGGAGCUGCUCCAGGAAUGAAUGUUUCGAUCCCUGCACCCACCGGCAUGCUCAUCUGUCAGACGGCUCAAGCUUACCAACCCAUCAUCAUCGGCCAGCCUGCCAUACAGUCACAUCAAUUAGUGAGGCCAAUUGAUGCAGCGCAACAGGCUGCUAGUGUUUGCACUGCAUCAUUGGUAACACCAGCAGCCUCCACUGUUACGGCUGCUGUCUGUGCUGCCCCCACUGCUAACGCAUCAGCUGCCCCUGACACUUCCACAUACCAGUAUGAUGAGUCCUCAGGAUAUUAUUACGAUCCACAGACUGGCCUGUACUAUGAUCCAAACAGCCAAUACUACUAUAACUCGGAGACUCAGCAGUACCUUUACUGGGACAGUGAGAAGCAGACAUACGUUCCUGCGCCGGCAGCGUCAGACACAAACGCAGAACAGACGUCCACAGCUAACAGCACUGCUAGUUCCUCAGCCACUGCGAGCAGUAAAGAGCCUAAAGAGAAGAAGGAGAAGCCAAAAAGCAAGUCUGCACAGCAGAUUGCGAAGGACAUGGAGCGUUGGGCAAAAAGCUUAAACAAGCAAAAAGAAAGUUUUAAGAGCCAUUUUCAAGCCUUUGGAACAUCCAGGGAAGAGGACAGGAGAGAGUCUGCUGCUGCAGAUGCAGGUUUCUUCCUCUUCGAAAAGAAGCAAACUGGAGGCUUUGAAAUGCCGCCCCUCAUGACUGAACAGUUCAUGGUCAUGGAGCAGGAGACUUCAUUUAAGAGUGAUCUGGUCGCCACUUACAACGGGGACAGCGACACAGAGGAGAGCGUCUCGGAUAGGGGGGCAGACGACGAAGGAAAAAUAACAGACUGGAUAAAGAUGGUUUGCCUUCUGUGUCGACGGCAGUUCCCCACCAAAGAGGCUCUGGUGCGUCACCAGGAGCUCUCUGACCUACACAAGCAAAACUUGGAAAUUCAGAGACGAUCAAAGCUCUCAGAGGCUGAGCUGGAGGAGCUGGAGAGGAAAGAGACUGAGCUGAAAUACAGAGACCGAGCUGCAGAGAGAAGAGAGAAGUAUGGCGUUCCGGAACCCCCUGCACCUAAAAAGAAGUUCUAUCAACCUCCGACCCCAACAGUAAAUUACGAACAGCCCACCAAAGACGGUCUAACGAGUGACAAUAUUGGGAACAAAAUGUUGCAAGCAAUGGGGUGGCAGGAAGGCAAAGGUCUGGGACGCCACCAACAGGGCAUCACUGCUCCCAUCUCGGCUUCAUUAAGGACCAAGGGCACAGGCUUGGGUAUUAAAGGAAGCUCAUAUGAACUGUCCGCAUCUGACACCUACAAGGAUGCCGUUCGGAAGGCCAUGUUUGCACGCUUCACUGAGAUAGAAUGAAGUGGAGAGAGAAAAGCAGCCUCACUGAACUGUGAAAACUGAAUUUUGUGGCCAAAUGAUUCUACAGUGAAAAGAACAUUUACAGAUUUAAACUUUAAUUUCAAACCGUAAUAUGUAUAUAAAAUGUAGUUGUUUUUUUUUAAAUAUAUAAAGUUAGAUACAGUAUUUUGAUUUUUGAGUUGAAUGAACAUGUACAUUUUGUAUAUUGUUUGUACAUAAAAUGAUGUGUACUUUAUGAGGUUGUGUUUUUGUGGGAAUCCAAAAGAAUCAAUAUGAUAAUUAAACCAGACCUUUGGGCU